ACAGGUAAAUGAGACAGUAACCCUUAACCAUCUGUUUAUGACACCAGCCCUGCAGAAUUUGCUGUUUUAGUGUGGCAAUGGAGAGGGGAGAGGGAGGAGGGGUCCCAGGAACUCAGCCAGGUUAGCGUCACAAAGAGAAGGUUAAGGGGUGACUCGAUGGGAGCCUGUAAGUACCUGCACUGGGAACAAACAGCUGAUAAUGGGCUGUUCAGUCUAGCAGACAAACGUCUAACAUGAGCCAAUGGUUGGAAGUUGAAGCUAGACAAACUCAGACUGGAAAUAAGGUGUUUUUACAGGGUCAUUAACAGUUGGAACAACUGCCCAAGUGCUCCCCAUCACUGGCAAUUUCUAAAUCCAGAUCUGCUCUGGUUCAAACAGGCAUUAAUUCAGGGGCACCUAGUGGGCUGUUACGCAGGUCAGGCUGGACGAUUGAGGCCAGAUGGAACCAUGGUGUGAAAUGUCUGGUUUGGUUUUUAUGGAUGAGCUGACCCUGGCUGAGUUGCCGUGCUGUGGCUUGGCCCUGUCUUACCGCCACUGGCCUGGUUAUUGUGCAGUGCUAACCUUAGGCUUUGGCUGAACAAAUGGUUAGUUUUGGGAAGCCAGGGUGUAAAUCUGCCAUGCGCUAGGUGCCCAGGUGGACCCUGCUCCACACCCUGAGUUCUGCAGCGCGCCUAGGAGCUGCCUGCUUGGAAACAGUAGGUGAAAGUGCCCUAGGGAGCUGUUAGUCCGCGGCAGCAGGGUCCUCACGGACAGGGCAUAGCUGGCUAGGGCAGGGUAGCUUUACACCCCAGCUUGCCACGAGCUAAGUGUGCACUUAGACAGGCCCUUACGCCUCUGGCCCUUGGCCAUUAUUAGUAUUUGGAUCCCUAGCAUCAAUCGAUUCUAGUUAGACUCCUGCCUAUCCCAGGCUUGUUGAAAUCCUAACCUGUUUUGACCCCUGCCGGUUGCAUUGACUCCCCCUCCCCAACACACACACAGUCCCCUGCCCAUCACUGCUUCUUACCCAGGUUGGUGACAAUGAGCCCAGUUCUUUCUGCCUGUUUCCUUGCUGCCCCUUGUGGCCCAUUGCAAGGUGGCGUCUGUGCGUGCACCCUCUCUGGUCUCUUGCAGGCGAUGAACUGCAAAGGGCAGGCCAUGGCAAGGGCUGUUGGAUCCUACGUCAAUUUUACGGGUCUGUCAAAGCUGCCUCCCUGCAGGGAAGAGCCCUGCUGCCAGGCAGAUUCCCAAAGGUUUCUCCUCUCUCCAGAGUCUGGGGACGUGAAGGCCACUAUUGCUGUGCUCAGCUUCAUCCUCUCCAGUGCAGCCAAACACAGUGUAGACAGCGACUCUCUGUCCAGCGAGCUGCAACAGCUGGGGCUGCCCAAAGAACAUGCCACAGGAUUGUGCCGGUCCUAUGAGGAGAAACAGAGCCCCCUGCAGGACAGCCUGAGGACACACAGCCUGAGAUUGAACCAUCUGGACUCUGUGUCCUGGAGGGUGGAUCAGACGCUCAGCUCCAGUGAGCUCCAGCAGGUCAAUGAGCCCCUUGUGCACCUGAAGUUCACCGUGCGAGAUGGGGACCGAGGCAUGAUGGAGCCCUUUGCCAUGACCGUGUCGGCAGAGAAGUUCCGGGUCUUACUGGCAGAGCUGAGACAGGCCCACGCCAUGAUGAAAACUCUCAGCUGAGGAGCCGGGAGGACGGCAGCGAGCGUGGAAGGAGCCGGCUGAUUGUGCUGCUGCCCAUCGGAGAGUCUGGAGGAUGCGGUUCCUCCACUGGGGGAGCCUUUUGCUGCACACAGCCACAGACACUGCCUGGGCAGAGGUUGGGCUGGGCUCUGUCCUCCCUUCUCAGACCCCUGCAGCUGAAACUAACGACUGCUCUUCCCACUCUUCCUGGCUACUGUCCCCCCGCCGUCCACCCUCCAGCUCUCUUGCUGUGAAGCCUCCUGCCUGCCCCUCCUCCAUCCUGCCCACAAGCCCUUGUGUUUCCAGGAGCCCCACCCCAGGAUCCAUCCCCAGAGCAAUGGUGGAUGGGAGCUUGGUGGCUUCUGCAUCUGUUAACGAGAUCUCCACCUCGAGACCAGCUUCAGCUCAGAGUUCCCAUAACAAAGGCGUCCAAACCCAUGGGCUGUGCCACCGUGUAACACACACGCCUCCGGAGAACACCCAGGCCUGCCGGCUGGAGGCUGCUUUAACAGUGAGAGACCCUGACAUCCCCUGCCCAGCCCUUUGUUGGUGGCUCUGUUCCUGAACAGCUGCAGGGAGCUGAUCUUUCCUUUUUGCUUCUGCCUACUCCAGGGCAGGCGCUUGGGCUCCCAUGUCUCCUCUGGAGACUAGCAUGCAGCAGCCCACCAAAUGCUGCGGCUAGGCCAGCUCCACAUCACCCACUAACUGAACUCCUGCAGCAAUCCAGGAUGCCUGUGGCUGGGGCGACUCUGCCAGUCGUACAUAAGAAGUUGGAAAGUUUCAUCAGCCGAAGCGCGGUGGAGCGUUCGCUAGUCCCUUCUUGCUCCUCUGCCUCCCUCCCUUAAAAAGCACUUUGCCUCUGUUCUUUCCACUUCCUUUAAAGGAGCCCCCAGCCUGGGGGAUAAAUGCAGCUUUUCUGUCUUUCCUUCCCCCCAUGCUCCUGCCACCUUUCCCAGGGCAGCUCCGUGCAUGGAAUAAAGGAUCAGCAGGAACGUGCAUCUGGGAAUCUCUCCAUGCGUUUCCGGUUGGCCUUGGCACAUGAAGCCAGUUAUUUGGGAUGUUUCCUAUUUUGCCAGCGGGAUCCAAUAAAGCCACGUGGAGCAUUUUGAAUUUG